GACAAUGCAGGCAGUUCAAACAAUAGUUCGACUUGUGCGACAUCAUCCAGCCAUAUUGCAAGGACAAUUGCACACCUGCUGUGAGUCCCUUGCACGCCAAGUGAAGAAUUUAAGAUCUCAAGUUGCAAGGGCUGCCUGCCAAACAGCCAGUCAUUUAUUCCACACGCUGAAACGUGGGAUGGAUCCUGAAGCAGAGGACCUAUCUACAGCUCUCUUCAACCGCACUACAGAUACCAAUAAGUUCUUGAGAGCUGAUGCAAACUCUGCAUUAGAUGUUAUGACUGACAAUGUUUCUCCUGCAAAGGCAGUGUCAGCAGUUGUACACAAAGGCUGCAGUAUUUUCUGUAGUAACAGGACAAACAAGAACACAGUACGUGCAAUAACCAAGACAAAACAAAAGUAAUCAAUAUUUUGCAUAAAAUCCUAGGUGAAUCAACUAGUUAAAAAUUGAUGCUUUACUACAUCUUUCAGAGAUAGUGCUGUU